GUGACGCGACGCCGUUUGUCCGCUGCCGGCCGCCGUCCGCCGUAGCGAUGGCGCAGCCCGGGGAGAGCCGUCCGCUGACCGUGCGGGACGUGCAGCAGCUGGUGCGGCGGAAGGACGCGGUGGAGGCGCAAAUCAAGGCUUACUACGAGCUGCUGGACGCCCAAAAGGGCGUCGGGAUGCACGAGGCGCUGGUGGACGCGGAGGGGUUUCCCCGCGACGACAUCGACCUCUACCAAGUGCGAACCGCCCGGCACAACAUCGUCUGUCUGCAGAAUGAUCACAAGGCCCUGAUGAAGCAGGUGGAGGAAGCUCUGCACCAGCUGCACGCCCGGGAGAAGGAGAAACAUGCGAGGGACGAGGCAGAGGCGCUGGCUGAGGCCAUGGGCCACAAGCAGAGCCUCCCCCAGGCCUUUGCCAGGGUGAACGCCGUGACGCCGGGGUCUCCUGCCAGUAUCUCGGGACUUCAGGUCGAUGAUGAGAUUGUGGAGUUUGGUUCUGUCAACAUAAACAACUUCCAGAACCUGCAGAACAUCGCCACGGUGGUGCAGCACAGCCAAGGGAGCCCCCUGAGCGUGACUGUGAUCCGCAGCGGCAAAAAAGUGCAUGUGGGGCUGACUCCGAAGCGCUGGGCUGGGAAAGGCCUCCUGGGCUGCAACAUCGUCCCCUUGCAAAGAUGACCAUUCCUUGGAAAACAAUAAAGCUGAAGUUUGUGCCUGCUUUGUGGACUCUGAGCUGGUUUGAAGAUUUCCCUGUAUGUUUUUACUGAAGCUUGUUGCAGAGGAUAUGGCCUCUGGGUGCCUGACUUGCAGAGCCUUCUGCAGAGGUUCUGACAAAGCAGGGCCUGCCUGCAGUUCAGAUCUGCAUUGGUUGGUCAGCAGUCGCUUGCAGAGCUGCAAGAGGUGGCUUCAUCUCUUAACACCUUGUGUCAGUUUGGCACGAGGCAAUAGAAAGACCCAAACCUCAUUUGAUACAGGCUCUAAAGAGCAUGAGAAACUCUUAACCUGGUGAUAAUAGAACAUUCAUUUUGUUUUUUUCUCGGAAUCCCUCCCUGAGCAUCUCGUAACAGAUGCUAAAAACUCCUGCAGCUCUUCUCAGUGUCUUUCAGAGUAGGUUACAGUCAGGAAUUGCUCAAAGUUGCUACUUCCCUAUCUUACCACAAGUUGUGAAGUCACUGAACAUGAUGAAGCUUUGGAACACCUGAUUGUUUUAAGUUAAAUGAGACAAGGGACAGGGGUUAUAAUUCUACUUUGAUUUACUUUCAGUAGUUCGUGUAGUUGUGAUUACAAGACCCUGAAGCUGGCUCCUCAGUGUUUAAAAAACUUGCUUUGUGUGGGAACUCUUUGAGGAGAUUUUGAGGAUUGUUGGUUGGUUUGAAGCUUGUUUCCAGUUGAACUUCCCAAAACAAUAAACCCCAGUAAUGCCUCUUUCCA